AUGCGCCUGCGGCGUCUCUUUUCCACUGUCCGCACUCUACAACAUGAGAACCCUUUAGGACUCCCAAAAUCAGGAACCCCUCCCACAUUCAAAAGCCGCCGCGGUCUUCCGCAAAAACGCAGAAUUCCUGAUGUCGCAAAAGUCGUCGCAGUGUCCUCAGCCAAAGGCGGGGUUGGAAAGUCGACUAUUGCUGUAAAUCUAGCGCUUGCUCUAGCUCGUCGAGGCAUUCGCACCGGUAUCCUCGACACCGACAUCUUCGGACCUUCUAUACCCACUCUAUUAAACCUCCACAGCGAACCUCGUCUCGAUAGCAAGAAUUGCCUCAUUCCAUUAACUAACUACGGCCUAAAAUCCAUGUCGAUGGGCUAUCUCCUCCCUCAAGCCUCCUCUUCCGACCACGAAUCUAAUCGCCCACCCAUGGACACAACCCCAAUCAGCUGGCGCGGCCUAAUGGUAACAAAAGCGAUGCAGCAACUCCUCCAUUCCGUAUCCUGGGGUCCCUUAGACAUUCUAAUUCUAGACCUCCCGCCAGGAACAGGCGACGUCCAACUAACUAUCGGCCAAGAAAUCAUUCUCGACGGCGCGGUUAUCGUCUCAACGCCUCAGGACAUCGCUCUCCGUGACGCAGUCCGCGGAUUCGGCAUGUUUCGAAAGAUGGACGUCCCCGUUUUGGGAAUGGUGCAGAAUAUGGCUUUCUUCGCCUGCCCGAAUUGCGGACAUGAGACGAAGAUAUUUUCACACCCGCACACGCACGGCAGUGAAAGCGGUCAAGAUACUGGUGUUGUGGCGCAAUGCAAAAGAUUGGGUAUUGAGUUUUUGGGUAAUAUACCCCUUGAUGCGCGAGUAUGCGAAGAUGCGGACCGGGGUAUGCCGACUGUCGUGGCGGAGGAAGGCGAUAAAGAUAGCGCACGAAGAAAAGCAUUUAUGAAUAUAGCGGAGAAGAUUGCGAGGGAGGUUGGUUUAGAGUGGGUGUAA